UCUAUCGUGACUGGCCGAAUGCAAAAGCCGUUGUGUAGUGACGCGUGUUCUCUUGUGCUGCGUUUCGUCUUGAAAAAUUAUUUACUAAUCCUUCGCUAGUGGGGGUGCUUUCCAGCAAUCAAUCGGUUCUUGUGAUAGGAAUCUCCAUCAGGAUUGAUAACAGUGCGACGCGACGCGACCAAUUUACACUGAAUGUUUCGUUAGAAGGUCCGGGAAGGUCUUCGAGGUGUGAUAUCAUUCUGGAUUCGUUUCGAGUGCAGUAGAAAUUAUGUCGACUUGAUAACGGAGAACUGAUAUCGAACCGGCAGACUAUUUACAACUCGCGUCAUUUGUGAUGAGCGUGGGAGGGUGUUUGAUUUCUGUUUGAUUCUGUACAAAUAUCUGACUGGCUUCUGUUUAUGGUUCAGUGGUAUGAUUGAUAUCUUUCGUUGUAGCGCAAAUUUGAAAAGUGUUAUUUACAGCAGUGAUAUCAGUCCUUAAAAUUGUUUCUGCUGCCGACAGUGACGAGAUUUCCGCCACACACCACCGGUCACUACGAUUCGCGUGGGCAUAACAUCGCCACGCAAAACAAAAAAUAUCACAGCGUUCUGCCAGUCAAUUCUGAAUCGCGGUUUCGUCGAGACGUCCAAAGUUUGUCCUCGGUAGUUUGCUUGUAGCUGGAAAUUCGUCUCGUGCUCUUCUGCCCAUCGAGUGCCGGUGGGUGCAUUGGGUGUUGCCUGCACUCACACGUCGUCUAUGACUCACGGUGGCAGUGGAGGAGCCUCGGAAAUCGCUCGCAACAAACAUAGACGCAAACGGACGGACGGUGACGGCGGUUAUCGACAGUGCGAUGGGACGGCCCUUCAACACUUCGGCAGAGAACGGCGGGGAUCAGGCGGCCGCCGCUAAUAUGCAACGACCAACGGCACCUCCCUUAGUGCAGAUCAAUGCCGAGGGAGACGAUCCUAACUCUAGCGCGGACCUGUAUGUGGAUUUUUUGAUCUUGGGAAACAAGGAAAAUUACAGCGUGCGUGCCGAGAAGAAACCGGUGCUGGACUCCAACACUCAGCUGGCGCACAUGAUUAAUGGAGCGGUUUCUUCGACCACUGUUGUCGAUGGGAAGUAUGUAGUGCGGGACGUGGAUAAGGAUAAUUUCGAGAUUUUUGUCAGAUAUCUUGAAACCAAAUUCAUCAAAUUCUACUCCGCCACUCACAUGUUACAAAUGCUGGAACUGGCAUCUCGGUUCCAGUGUCGCCAACUAGAGAUUCACUGCGUAAAGGAACUGGAUCUCAAUCUGAAGAUCGAUCACGUGCUGGAAGUGUUUCGUGCCCUAUGGUAUUAUAACUCAAUUACCCCGGUGAAGUCUCUCGAGGCCGUCCAACAAAAGAAUAAGAAACGACGCCCGAGGAAGAAUGAGAAACCGGAAGGUCCCGUCACACCGGAGGAAUACUUUGCUGCACUGCUGAAAAACUGCCUCCAGCUGAUUGACAUGCACGCAGAAGAUGUUUUCGCACAAGAAGCUAUGCUCGCGUUGAGGUUCAAAGAGCUGGAGAUGAUCGCAACGCGUGACAGUCUGCAAAUGUCUUCCGAAAUGGUCCUGCUGGAUUUGCUCGCCAACUGGAGUCGUGAGGAGUGCAUGCGCAAGAAUCUCGAGCUGUCGGACGAAAACCGACGUCGCGUGCUGGGGGCGUUAUGCUACGCCCCCCACUAUCUCACCAUGGCCCGGAAAGAAUUCGAAAGCGUUAAAGACCGCAUUGAGCUGCUGGACUCAGUGGAAUCCAGACUGGUUGGCGAGGUACUGAACGGGCGCAAAGUGACGAGCCUCACACCGGAGCAGCAAACAAUGGUGGCUAACUUCAAAAGGCCACGGCCACUAUUUGCCCCGAUGCCGAUUCAACUGAGCAGCAGGAGUAAUCCGAAGAACUACCCGAAAAAGAUGCGCAAAGCGGCCGAAGAUCCGGAAGGCGAGAAGCGUAACUGCUGCGAAAGACUUGUACUGAACUGCAUAUGGGUGUUUUCGUGUAUCUUCGACUAGCGAGUGCUUGUCUAGAGGGGGAACGGGUGGGGUCGGGAGCAAUCUCAUCGUAUUGGGCUAAGCUAGCGAGUAAGACGCAUUUUUGUACGAAUUCACGUCGCGACGGUAGGACUGUUACAGUGAUGGAGAUCGUGGAUGAUUUUAAAGUGUUCAAAGAGGAAAAUUUCGGUUCAAAGUUCAGCUUUCCUUACCUCAUGCAAAACUUUUGAAUUGCAAAUGAUGUGUUCGCUGGACACGCUUGUAUCUAUCAGUAUCGCAAUGUUUUUACUUUAGAUGAAUCUAAAUGACCAAUAGAUCCAGGAGCGAAGGUUUUUACUAACAUGUUAUUGAGAUUUUAUAGAAAGAGUGAUGUUUGUUAAUUAUUGUUAAUAGUAAAUUUUAGUACCCAUUCUGUAUCAAAUACAGUUUAUUUUUUGGUUGUUUUGUUAAAAAUAUAAAAAAGUUUUUUUUUAACUAUUUAGUUGAAAAUAUCUGAUAGUUUAAGCUUUGUUUGUCGUCGAAACUAUUUAAAACUUCUUUGUGACACCUUUUGUUGAAAGCCGUACUAUGUUUUCAGAUGACUUCGAACUAGGAAUGUUGAAACUGUUUCUAAGCUGAUCUGCAAUCAAAAACAUCGAAUAUACCAUGUCAUGAAAAGAUGUUACAAUGUUAUCAGAUGGAACAGGUCAGAUAAGUGACAGAAACUAUAUUUCAAAUAAUUAUUAUUUUUUAUUCAACAGUUUGGUUGGUACAUUUUGAAAGGAAUAUAGAGAAUUGAAAAAGUAUUAGUCAAAAUUACGUAUUAUAGCAGAACAGGUUGGAUGGUCGAAUGCUAGGAAAGAUUUUACCACAGAGUUUAAAUAAUUGAUAUGGCUUAGCUUUCCCUCAAUUGUUCGAAAUCACAAUAUACGAGCGCAACAUUGUUUGAAAAAAUAGUUGAAAUUCUAUCAAAAGAGUUUUAAUAUCGUAGAUAAAUCCAUAUACAGGUUUUACAAAUUCUAUAAUAUGGCUAGCUCAAAUUCCCCACAGCAUACAUGAUAGCAACACACAGCGAAGCAAAACUCCACGUUAAGUUUGCUUUUUGAAAGCAUUACACUCACAUUUUGCAGCAUAGCUAAAGAAAGGCAGAUUAUUUAAAAUAAAAGUGAUACAGAAGAAUUCUGGUUAAAGAGAAACAUAAUUAAAUAACGAGUUAAUGCUCGAAUCAUUCACGAUGCCAUAUAAUGUAUGUUUUAGCUAUGUGCUUUGUUGCUGAGGAAAACAGACCAGAUUUAAAAGAUUUAAGGAGUGAACCUAUAUACAAACCACAUCAUAAUCAUACAUAAUUCUCGUUGCCAUAUUAUCCACUUUUAAUGUGCUCCAGUGUAGACUAAUGAUCGUUUUUUAUGUUCAGUUUAAGUUAUAUCUGAUUAAGUAAUUGUUUGUGCUAACAAGAUGCAUGUAAUGUGAUUUCAAUAUUUAGUUCCAAACGGAAAAAAACCGACUGAUGUCGUUCUUUGGUAUUGUAUAAGUAUUAGUAAUGGAAACGAAUAUUGCAAAUACAAAAUUUAUCCAGUGCCAUAGAACCAGUAGGAAAACGACUCAGCGUUAGUACGCCAUUGUUUGGCGAUAUCGGUGGAAUAGUUGAUUAAAUGUGUGAACAAACCUACAA